UCAUAUCCUCAGGAACAUUCACUUGUCUAGAAAUCACCUUCUGAACCGUGGAGCGGGGCAACACCUGCCUGAGAAUGUCCCUAUUACACUCAUUAUCAUUAUCUGCAUGACUCUUCAUGUUAUUCCACAUAGCAUUCUACGACAAACCAGUUUUACAGAAAAACAUAAUGACCGGUAUGGGAUCACACUGGAGUUGAUAUGGAAAAGAGGGUGGCAGUGAGGGACCUGGGAGAGAGGCAUUUGUCCCAGACAGAUGAAGAAGGGCAGGGCAGAAGGGGCACAGACACACGAGUCCCCUGUUCCCAGAGGAAAUUGCAAUGAGCCCAGACAGCUGAGAAAGCUCAGUGGGGAAGAAGCCGCUGAGCUCGCCAAUGGGCAGCACGGGGCGUGCAGCAGAGCUGGCGAUUGCAGCUGCGGAGGUGAGGAGUGCAGUGCGAGCUGAGCGGGAAGAGCCCCUUGCCAUGGCUGAGGCCGCAGAGGCACGGAAUGCUCCGAAUGCCAGUGGCUGAGGGAGCCACGGCGGCUGCUGCUGGACGAGCGAGAAACGCAGCAGGAGCAUUUCAGGCACGGCAAGGACAGGCCAUUGCUCUGCCUGCUGCCGCUGCUGCUCCCGCUGCUCCCGCACACAGUCGUUUCCGGCACCUCUGUUCUCUCGCCGCUGCGACGUGCUUUCUGCCUCUUCCUCACUCAGCAAACACGCAGCUUGCUCUCGCCAUGCCCCUCGCACAUCUCAUCCUCACCGUCUUCCUGGCACAGCUCCUCGGCACCACGGGGCAGAUCACGGUCACCCAGGGAGAUGCACAAGUCACAGUGAAGCAGGGACACCCCUUCCACACCACCUGCAAAUACCAGAUCAGUGGUUUUACUGCCUUGCUUUGGUACCAGGUUCGGAAAGGCCAAGCCCCUCAGCUGGUCUCCAGUCAAUCAGGGACUGGCCCCAGGCACAGCGGCCGGAUCACCACGCACCUGAACACCACGGGCAAAUACAGUGUCCUGAAGGUGGAGGAAGUGCAGGUGUCUGACAGUGCCUUGUACCUGUGUGCUGUGCAAGACACCCUGGUGCAGGGAGCUUGCUCGGCUGUGCAACAACCCAGGGGAGGGAGGGGAUGUGUCAGUGCAAGGCUGAGGUUGGGAAAGGGACACAGAUCUGCCCUCAGUACUCAUCAUAACUUGCAACCCAUGUGUGCACAAUGCUCUGAUAGUUUUCACUACAUCCAUUCUGACAUUUCACUUGGGACAGUAUUCUGGACAAUUCAGAAUCAUUUCUAUAUGUUUCGGGCUCUAAUACAAGAAAAUUAUCCCCUGUGCAUGCCUGAGACCUUGUCCUUCCACACUGCAGCACUGCUGCUUUUGGUCCCACAUGUUCCCAGCAGAGCCCAGGGCUGCCUCAGUGCUCCUGUCCUCGCUCACGGCCGGUUCAUGUGGAUGGAUGUGCUUGCCACGCAGUGA